UCCCCAGAUGGCGGGUCGUGUUGUUGUGAACAGCUGAUGCAGACGAAGUAACACCCGGGGAUUGCCAUUAUGUAAUAUUUGGAUUUGUUGAAUGUUUUACUCAUAUCUUUAGUGUUUACUUAACCAGAGAUGAUAAAGUACCACAGAUGUGUCGGUUUGAAGAGAAUUUACGAUAUCCCAAAUAUUGCGUAAGGCAGGCCUAUUUGGUUUUUGUAUUAAGUCGGGUCAUUUGGGUGACCUGACGAAAACUAGGAUGAUAAUGACCUCAUUAAUCUGUAGAACGGAAGUAAAGAGUGCAAUGAACAGCUUUGCAAGAAACAGCCUCACGCGUGCAUUGCUUGAGAACGGUAGACCUUUAUUAAUACCAGGGAUGAGUGGCAUAGGCCUAUAUCCCGGGACCCCAAACAACCAACAGAAAGCGCGAAUCUCGACCAUCCCGAAGAGGAGGAGUUACUAUGAAAUUCUCCAGAUCACGCCAAAGGCUACGCAAUCUCAGGUGAAGAAAGCCUACUACAAACUCUCCAAGACGUACCAUCCUGACCAGUAUAGGGGGACUGAGGAUGCCGCCCUUAAGUUCCGAGAGAUCACAGAAGCCUACGAGAUCUUGGGCAACCUCAAGAAGCGCAGGAUGUACGACAAAGGCCUACUGAACAUGAACGUUGCUGCAUCGCCAACCGAAGCAGAAGAAUAUUCCUCAAAGUUCUACGAAUCCCGGAGCAAGCGAGGGAAAGCCCCAUCAGCUACGGGACGGACACCAAUAUAUGACUUUGACGAGUGGUCUAAACUCCAUUAUGAAAGCAGCUUUGCCCGCAGUGCGAAUGCUAAGGAGCGCUAUGAGAGGUUACAGAAGUCACGGACAGAAAUUGUUGAGGAGAAAAAGGCAGAGUCUGUUGUCUAUAUCUUAGUUGUGGCUAUGGUGCUCUAUUGUAUUAAAGUUUCAUUCUCAUCCACUUCAGAUCAUGAUAAAGUGAAAGAAAAAUAGCUAAAAUUUUCUUUGUUGUUGACAUUGAACUAAUUUUAAUUUAUAGCAAUAUGUAAGUUUUAGAUACAUGCAUAUAGUUACAAGUAAAAAUUUGAUUGUAUCAGAAAUAUUUUUAUCCUGGAACUUAUCAUGUGUAUAAAAAAUAGGGAGAAUUAUUUAUCAAAAUAUUUAUUUUAUAUGCCUUCAGGAAUUAAUGAUGCAUGGUUUUCUGUGCACACUUGUAAAUAUAUAAAAUGCUAUAUUAAUAGCAUACUCGAGAUGUACGUAAAUAAAGAAACAA